GACUGUUGGCAAAAGGUGCCCACCGUAAAAAAACAUAAAUUGCAUGUUGGGUGGCUGUGAAUUGAAAACACGAUACUAGCAAGCUUUGGACUAUUGAGUUAUUUUUAAGUUUUUAAGUUUCAAAUGAGCUGCGACUGUCUCUAAGAAACCUUUGCAAACAUCGUGGAUAAGGUUAAAAAAUGAGUCGAAAUUCUAAUGAGUUUACGAACGCUGAGAGCGGAGGUCGAGUUAAAGGUGUUUGCAUUAUAAAACCAAUUGUUUAUGGUAAUUCUGCAAGAUAUUUUGGUAAGAAGCGGGAGGAAGAUGGACAUACACAUACAUGGACUGUCUAUCUAAAGCCAUAUCACAACGAAGAUAUGUCAGUGUAUGUAAAGAAAAUUCAAUUUAAGUUGCAUGAAAGUUACGCCAACCCCAUUCGUGUUGUAACUAAACCACCAUAUGAAGUUACUGAAACUGGUUGGGGUGAAUUUGAAAUUGUAAUUAAAAUAUUUUUUCAUGAUCCAAACGAUCGGCCAUUAACAAUUUAUCAUGGUCUGAGAUUGUUUCAAACUGAAAACAAUAUUAUUGUUGGUAAUAAAAAAGCUGUAAUCUCUGAAUUUUAUGACGAAAUGGUGUUUCAAGAUCCAAGCACAAUGAUGCAUUCGCUACUUACAAGUAACAGGCAACUUACACUUGGUGCACAUAAACAUGAAACUGAUUUUGAAGAAAAAGAAGCAACCACCCUUGCACAACUUCAGUCAGCAAAGCAGAAAAUACAGAAUGAAGUGGAAGAGUUAAAGGAGAGAUUGAAGAAAAGUCGAGAAAACAUUAAAAGUUUUCGGGAUGAAAUUAAAAAACUGGAGCAAGAACAAGUAACUGACAUGGAACUAAGAUAUGACUGAAAUUAACGUGAUCUAAUAAAAAGUUAGUUUCAAAAAAGUAAAACACCCUUUUUACUGUAUGUGGUAGUUGUCUUUAAAGCAGAAAUCUAUUAUCAUUUAUGGCACACAACACUUUUUACAAAUAGCCACACCUCAAGUUGUCAACCAAAAAUAUAACACAGUUUUUUUUUAUAGGCCAAUUCGAUUAUUCCAUUUGCUUAAUAUUGGUUGAUCAAAUUUUCGAAAUAUUACCACAUCAUAGACUGGUUGCAUGGGAAAUCAAGUGUUUUAGCUUUGGAUCAAGCAAUGAAAUUUAAACCAAUCAUACCUUAUAACAGAAAAAAUAAGAAACAUCGUUGUAUAAUAUAUACUUUUUCCAGUGACUUCUAUUAUGUUCCACAUUACCAUAAUCUUUUCUUAGUUUUGGCCAGACUGUCUAAUGAAGUGUUUUCAGGUAUAUUUCAGUUUUAUAUUUCAUUUUUCUACUUCUUAGA